AUGGACAAAUAUCGGUUAUUUAUUGUGAUAUUAAGCAUAGUCAUAUUAGAUGUAAAGCAAGUUUAUGCAAAUCGUCCUUCAACGCGCUUUGAUGAAAUACGUAAAUUAUUUCCAAAAAUUGCGACAGUUGGCGAAGCCCGCUACUGGCGUAUGGCCCGCAGUGAUAAUCUACAAGAUCAUCCCUGCAAACGGGAAUGUGUGGCCAAUCAACAAAUGACCUGUUACUAUUAUAUGGUGGUGCAUUAUGAUGAAACUAUGGGUCCGGGGUGUUCACGUUAUUUAGAUGCUAAAAAUCGUUAUAAAUACGGCAAUCGGGAAUAUGUAAAUGCAUAUAAUUUCCAAGGUUCAAGUUUUGAUGAUUGCAAAUAUGCUGAUGGUACGCGAACUGAGGUAAUGGUGGUGAAUGGUCAACUGCCAGGUCUGGUGAUUGAAGCUUGCAAUGGCGAUACCAUUGUGGCCGAUAUAAUCAAUAGUAUGCAUGAAACAACCACCAUACAUUGGCAUGGUAUGCAUCAGACAUCAAAUCCCCAUAUGGAUGGUGUACCACAUGUAACCCAGUAUCCCAUAGAACCGGGUCAAGCUUAUCGCUAUCGUUUUGAGAUCGAUCAUGCCGGAACUCACUGGUGGCAUAGUCAUACAGAUCAUCAAAGAGCAUUUGGUUUGGCCGGUGGUAUGGUGGUGCGUCAACCGCGCAAAGAUAAUAUGCAUGCAAAAUUAUAUGAUUUCGAUUAUACGGAACAUAUUAUAAUGCUGCAAGAUUGGAUGAAAGAUUUGGAUGAAACGGUACCCAAGAGUAUACUAAUCAAUGGUCUGGGUCGCAAUUUAAAGGAUCCUACAAAGCCUAUACUAUAUUCCAAAUUCUCUGUGGCUCGUGGCGGUCGUUAUAGAUUUCGUGUAAUAUUCAAUGGCGUUACCAAUUGUCCGGUUAGUUUAAGCAUCGAUCAGCAUGAUUUGGUGGUAAUAUCAAGUGAUGGCAAUGAUAUUGAACCCGUAGUUGUGCAAAAAAUUACCUUCCAUGGUGGCGAACGUUUUGAUUUUGUAUUGAAUGCUAAUCGCGCGGUGGACAACUAUUGGAUACGUAUCAAAGGUUAUACAUUUUGUGAAAUUAAUAAAUUACAUCAAGAAGCUGUUUUACACUAUUUGGGUGCUGAUCGUCUGGCUAUGCCCAAAGGAGCUGCACCCAAUUAUUCCUAUGAGCCACCCAAUGCUGUGGAAAUGAAUGGUUUAGAUAUUAGUACAUCGGCAAGUCGUAAACGUUUUGGUUUUAAUGAUGUCAAAGCUUUACUAUUCAAAAAUAAACCAACUCAAAGUCCCGAUAUGACAUUAUAUACUAGUAUGAAUGUGGUUAUACGUGGGGGUGCCUUUCUCUUUCAAAUGGAUGAUAUUACCUUUACUAUGCCCAGAGUAUCGCUAUUGCAAACACGUAAUUUAGGCAUUGGCAAACUGUUUUGUAAUCGUACUCAGCAAUUAGGGUUGGGCUUUAAUUGUUUGAAGCGGCAUUGCAAGUGCUCGAAUGUUUUACAAGUUCCGGCUUUUAAACACAUAGAAAUCGUGAUAUCGGGAAAAUCGAAUACUGCACAUCCAGUACAUUUACACGGCUAUACAUUUCGUGUUGUGGGUAUGGGUGUGUUGGGCGAAGAUAAAAUAGAUAAGAUUGAACAAAUCGAUCGCCGUACUCCACUACCACGACGUCUUACCAAGGCUCCCCUUAAAGAUACUGUGCAAGUACCCGCCUAUGGCUAUACAAUUAUACGUUUCUAUGCCAAUAAUCCCGGCUAUUGGAUUUUCCAUUGUCACAUAUCUACACAUGCGGAAAAUGGCAUGGCGGCUGUGCUGCGUGUGGGUGAAGAUACUCAAAUGAAAAUGUGUCCCGUUAGUAAUUGUGGUUUAUGCAAUUCAGUGUCUUAAAUAAAUUUAUUUAAUGGACAUUUU